CUGGAUUACGGCCUGAAAUCAAGCUUUCCUGCCAAGAUCCUGGGACAGCGGAGCAGAGCAAUCCACCGCGUCACUCGUCCCGUCCCACGUCCAAAGCUCAGCUCAGUGCUCACUCACCCUAAAGUUCACCCCACCAUGCAAUGCACCACAGCUGUGUCGAAGCUCGAACGCAGCCAAUGCCACCGACACGGGGUGAAUGCGAGACCAACUAAGUAAGUACAGGUAAGGUAGGUAGGUAGGUACCAGUAAUGGCCUUAGCUUGAAGCUGAGGUAUUUAAGAGAGGGGUACUUCCCCUGAUUGACGUCUCCUUCUUUUUCCUGUCGUGAUUUUGUUCUUUGAGAAGUCAGUCAAUACCAACGCGAUACUGUACAUCAUCCGAGGAUUGCAGCAACAAAGCAACAUACAGUGACCCCUCACUUCCUGCCAGCUCACCCCGCCAUUCCAAUCCCCCCUUCAAAACACCUCCAACUCAACACCACACUGCUCUCUCCCCCCUCCAUUCCAACUCCACAAACCUCCCAAAUCCCUCCAACACUGAAUUAAACCGCAACGAUGGUCCAUCUAGCUUCCAUUCCCCACGACGGGAAGCUCACCCAACCCCUCGUCGCCGGCCUCGAGAAACUCACCAUUGCCAACAACCCCGACGAAGAUAAGUAUACGACCACGGUCUAUGGCAGUCGGUUUGCGGCUGAGGAUCUGCCGAAGCAUGAGAUGCCUGAGCAUGAGAUGCCAAAAGAGGUUGCGUAUCGUAUGAUUAAGGAUGAUUUGAGUCUGGAUGGGAAUCCGAUGUUGAACUUGGCUUCAUUCGUAACUACUUUCAUGGAAAAAGAAGUCGAAGACCUAAUGACCGAAUCCUUCUCCAAAAACUUCAUCGACUACGAAGAAUACCCCCAAUCAGCCGACAUCCAAAACCGCUGCGUCUCCAUGAUCGGCCGCCUCUUCAACGCCCCCACCUCCUCCGAAGACGACGCCCCCGUCGGAACCUCCACAGUCGGCUCCUCAGAAGCCAUCAUGCUCGGCGUCCUCGCCAUGAAGAAGCGCUGGCAGAACGCCCGAAAGGCAGCCGGCAAGCCGUGGGACAAGCCGAAUAUCGUGAUGAGCUCUGCUGUGCAGGUGUGUUGGGAGAAGGCAGCGAGGUAUUUCGAGGUCGAGGAGAAAUACGUGUAUUGUACGCAGGAUCGGUAUGUGAUUGAUCCGGAGGAGACGGUAAAUUUGGUGGAUGAGAAUACGAUUGGUAUUUGUGUUAUUUUGGGGACGACGUAUACUGGGGAGUACGAGGAUGCGAAGGCUGUGAAUGAUUUACUCAUUAAGAGAGGCAUUGAUACGGUUAUCCAUAUUGAUGCCGCUAGUGGGGGGUUCGUAGCACCAUUUGUGGUGCCUGAGUUGGAGUGGGAUUUCCGACUGGAGAAGGUGGUUUCGAUCAACACUUCUGGUCACAAAUACGGCCUCGUCUACCCCGGUGUAGGUUGGGUAGUCUGGCGGUCCCCAGAAUACCUCCCCAAGGAGCUCGUUUUCAAUAUCAAUUAUCUCGGCGCAGACCAAGCCUCCUUCACUCUCAACUUCUCCAAAGGCGCCUCCCAAGUAAUCGGACAAUACUACCAAUUGAUCCGCCUCGGAAAGCACGGCUACAGAAGCAUCAUGUCCAACCUCACCCGCACAGCAGACUACCUCUCCGACUCCCUCUCCCAACUCGGCUUCAUCAUCAUGUCCCAAAAGAACGGCGCCGGCCUCCCCCUCGUGGCAUUCCGCCUCAACCCCAAGAACGGCCACCACUACGACGAGUUCGCACUCGCGCAUCAGCUCCGCGGCCGAUCCUGGGUCGUCCCAGCCUAUACCAUGGCGCCCAACACCAAGGCCUUGAAGAUGCUGCGUGUGGUGGUGAGAGAGGAUUUCAGUAAGAGUCGAUGCGAUCAGCUGCUUUGCGAUAUUAAGCUUUGUAUGAGCGUCUUGGACUCCAUGGAUAAGGAGGAGAUCAAGAGGAGCCAGAAGUAUAUCCUCGAGCAUCAGAGUCAUUCUGGGAAGAGCAGUCAUAAUCAUUCGGCGUAUAGGAAGGAGAAGCAUAGUUUGCAGGGCAAGUCGGGGAAGACGCAUGCGAUUUGUUGAAGCGGUUUAUUCAAUCUUUCUUUAUCCUGAGAGAGCGAAAUAGCGCAGGUAUGGCAGUCUGGGGGGGUUGAGAAGGUAGGGAUCUAAAAAAAAAGCGCUCGUCCUUUUGUUUGUUUUGCUCUUCGGAAUGGGAGAGAGGAGCUGUAAUUACAAAUGCAGGCAGGUUGGAGGGGUUCUAAACGAUGCGAACGACUAUACAUGACAGCCAGAAAGACAGACAACAGACAGCAGACAACAGAUAGCAGUGCAUUUCUGCUUUUUGCAAAGACUUCAAAAAUAACAAAAAUGAUUAUAUCCUUUCUUCUUCCCCCUCCACUACCUAUUCAUCCUGCUUGCGCUGCACUCUUCCUUCGUUCUCCUUCUUCUUCUUCUUCUUCUUCUUCUUCUUCUUC